UCCCAUCACCUUCCCUUCAAACUCAUCCACUUUAUACCCUAUUUAAACCCCCAAAACCCCUCCUAUUUUAUUCAUCCAAAUCCCAUUCUUCUUCACAAACCAAACACUUCCUAAACCCAAAAAUACCCCCCCCCCCAAAAAAAACCCAAAUUUUGAAUAUUAAAAAUGACUUCAAAUACUCAAAAAUUCUUACCAAUAAUCUUCACAAUUAUUUUCUCUCUUCUCCAAAUCUCCAUAGCAGGAAGAAACAAGUUUAAUCAACAAAUAGAAGACCCAUCUACAACUUCCCUCCUUCAAUACCACCAGGGCCCACUUCUUUCUGGUAAAAUCACUGUUACUUUGAUUUGGUAUGGUAAAUUCUCCCCUUCCCAAAAAGCCAUUGUUUCUGAUUUCAUCACCUCACUGUCACCCACCAAAUCUCACAGCCACCACCCAUCAGUUGCCACUUGGUGGAACUCCAUUGGUAAAUACUACCACAUGGCAAACAAAAGAGCUUCAUCCUUAUCCUUAACCUUAGGUAAACCAGUCAUUGACGAGUCUUACUCACUCGGUAAAUCACUCACUAACAAACACCUUGUCGAACUCGCUUCUAAAGGGGGGAAAUUCAAUUCAAUCAACGUUGUAUUGACUUCAUCCGACGUGGCAGUUGCUGGGCUCUGUUCAAGCCGGUGCGGUACCCACGGGUCAAGCUCCAAAAUGGGUCAUACCCACAAGUUCGCUUACAUUUGGGUUGGUAACUCGGAAACCCAAUGCCCGGGUCAAUGCGCCUGGCCAUUUCACCAGCCCAUUUACGGCCCACAAAGCCCACCAUUGGUUGCCCCGAAUAACGAUGUGGGUAUUGAUGGAAUGAUAAUAAACUUAGCUUCAUUAAUGGCGGCAACGGUUACAAACCCGUUUGGAAAUGGGUUUUACCAAGGUCCGAAAGAGGCCCCACUUGAAGUUUCUUCAGCUUGUCCUGGGGUUUAUGGAAAAGGAGCUUACCCGGGAUAUGCAGGGAAUUUGUUGGUGGAUGAAACAAGUGGGGCCAGUUAUAAUGCAAAUGGUGUGAAUGGAAGGAAGUAUUUGUUGCCUGCUUUGUAUGAUCCUUCUACUUCUUCUUGCUCUACGCUUGUGUAGAGUGUAUAAUUGUACAAGUAAUUGGUUAAAUGGUUAUAGUAGUAGUACUACGAUAAAUUUAAGUUAGAACAAAAAAAUACCAAGAGUAAUGUACUUGAGCAAGUAGAAAUAUUCAUUCAUUCAUUUUGUUGAA